CCAGUAGCAGCUGACCGAUGGGAGCGUUCGGAGUAGUUCCUUCCGUACUCGGCUUCGCAGUCCUCGCAUUCGUGCGUGUCCGCGUAAGCCCGUGCGUUUCACGGCGAUCCGUCAAUCGCCUUACGUCGAUCGGCACGCGUCGUGUGUGAUCCGAGAAAGUAAAGCCGGUGCCGAAGGAAGAAUUCACGAGGACGCCGCAUCUUCUACGUCGAUUGCGAAACUAGUGAAAGGCGCGCGACACGCGCGGGACGAAGACGACGACGGCCACGACGACAACGGGUCACGGGUGGAAUUGCCACGGUCAACGGAACGCCGGGUGACUAUUAAAGCGUCGUUGAUCACCUGUGGUGAGGCAUAUCCUGUCCUAAGAUUAAACGACCCUGUGGAAGCCGUGCAUCCGACGGGAGAGCUCGAGGGUUGCACCGCUUCUCGACGACGGGAUUGCCGUUGUUUGCCGUUGUCUCGCGAUUACCAACUAUUCCGGGACCAAUCCAAGACCAGCGGUCAAAUUGGGCGAAGUGGGAUACAAUGAGGUAGUAAACUGUUCACGGAGCACCUGGUGAGAGGUGGGUUUUUAGCACGACGGGCGAUAUGUUUCUGUCGAGCCGCAGCGGCCGAAAGGGGCCCAUCGCCUGUCUGGUGGGCCUCCUCCUCAUCUUCGCUCUUUAUCAACUGGGCAUUAUUUGCGGUUCCACCAGGUACAUGCCCACGGCCAUGAUGGUCAGCAAGGAGAAGUACGUGAUCGGGCCGUUUGACCGCAAGACGUACACGUACGACCGUUACAUGCCACUCAUUUUCAUCGGUGGUGUACCACGAUCAGGUACAACCCUAAUGCGUGCCAUGCUGGACGCGCACCCUGACGUGAGAUGCGGACAGGAGACCAGAGUUAUACCAAGGAUUCUCCAGAUGAAGAUGCACUGGUCCAAGUCCGAGAAGGAAAACGUACGGCUCACUGAAGCGGGGAUCUCGAAAGAGGUGAUAGACAGCGCGAUAGCGGCGUUCUGCUUAGAAAUAAUAGCACGACACGCUGAGCCCGCGCCGAGAUUGUGCAACAAGGAUCCACUCACCCUGAAGAUGGGCUCGUACAUCCUCGAGCUCUUCCCGAACGCAAAAUUUAUAUUCAUGGUGCGCGACGGACGCGCGACGGUGCAUUCCAUCAUAUCCAGGAAGGUCACCAUAACGGGAUUCGAUUUAACGUCGUACCGGCAGUCUCUCAUCAGGUGGAAUCACGCAAUUUCCGUAAUGUACGGUCAAUGCAAGGAACUGGGACCUGAGAGAUGUCUGAUGGUUCCUUACGAGCAGCUGGUGCUACACCCGCGUCAAUGGAUGAAGAAGAUAUUAAACUAUUUGGACGUACCGUGGAACGAAUCUGUCAUGCAUCACGAGGAAUUCAUUAACAAACCCGGCGGAGUGCCUCUGAGCAAGGUCGAGAGGUCAUCGGACCAAAUCAUAAAGCCUGUAAAUCUGGCAGCGCUAACCAAAUGGGUCGGUAACAUUCCUGAGGACGUGGUGAGAGAGAUGGCAGACAUCGCGCCAAUGCUCUCCGUACUCGGCUACGAUCCUUACGCGAAUCCGCCCGUUUAUGGCGCACCGGACAGUUUAGUUAGCGACAACACCAGACGAGUGUUGGCUGGCGAAAAACUUUGGGAGGAGAAGGCGCGGGCGUACCAUCUAUCGCAUAGGCCAAUCGAGAACAGUAACGAGGAAGCUGCUUCCAGCACAGCCCCAGUCGCGUGACCCCGCGUGAUUCUCAUAGACACGAACGACACGUAACCGACUACCAACCUAAGUCCCAUCGAUUUAGGAUUCCCGCGUUUACGGAGAGACUACCCUGUUGUACUUUCAAAGUAAACUCGGUCUCGCACGACUGUGAGUCGCGUCGUGAAUUAAUCGCCCUUGUCGUAUUUUCUCAGUCUCCGUUAUCGCAUCGCGACAACGAUAAAUUAAUCGAUCAUUCCUCGCGACGCUUAUUUAUUCGCAUCAGGAUCGCGCUUCACGAAGACAGAUGACGUAAUGUACUAAACCGUGACUAGAAAAUAGGAUGCACCCGAAAUAAGCGGUCAAAUUUCGAGAAAUGAGCUAUUCCGUUAUUUGACAGUUCGUGAAGCAUCGAUUAAGCGUUCCUUCUGCGAAACCCCUUUAAAACGAAAAGAAGAGCAAAGUUCGUUCUAAGAUGAAACUUCUAUGAAUUUUCUCAGCGUUCUUGCUGUAUUCUACCGCAGACGAAAACUGUGGGAGCAAGUGUCUAUAACUCGAAGAAAGAGAGAAACAAGACACAUAAUCGUAUGACUUUUUCGUCUUCAAAACAAAUAGAAUAAAUUCCUAACGUUUGGUCGUUUAUUUGCGGACUCUUCUGUAUA